AUGAAAUCAGUUUUAAAAUAUUUUUCUAAAUUCUCUCCUUUCUUUUCUCUAUCCUUUAUUCGUUCAUCUCUUUGUGACGCCUUCCUCUCGUUUUCCUAUUGUUUUCCUUGUAUUCUCUUUUCUUCUUUCUCUCUUUCUCUCUCCCCUAUUAGUCAUGUCUAUCUUGCUUUCUUUUCUGAUUUCACGUUUCCUUCUCACAAUCUCUCUCUCCCAUUUUCCUUCCUUCACUUUCUGCUUCUCUCCUUUCUUUCUCCUUUCCUUCGUUCUUAUCUUUUUUCCCUCUUUUCUUUUCCGUUUCUAUUUUUAUUCUUCCUUUUCUUUCCUUUUUUUUCAAAAUACAAAUCGAUCAAUCAAUCUCUCUCUUCUCUUAUCCUUUCGUUUGUUGCUUCUUUUUUUUAUUCCUUUUUUCUUUCCAUCUUUUGUUGGUUUUUUUCUUUGUUUUUGUCUUCAUUCUUUCUCUCUUCCUUCUUUCCUCCUUCGUUUCUGUUUUUAUUUCUAUCUUUCUUUCUACCUCUCUUCUUUUUUUCCUUCUUUGUUCUUACAUCAUCAUCAUCAUCUUGUUGUUGUUGUUGUUCUUCUUGUUCUUCUUCUUGUUCUUCUUCUUCUUUUUUUUCUUCUUCUUCUCUCGUCUCUCUCUUUCCUUAUGCUUUCCUUUGUUCUUUCCUCUCUUUCACUGCCAUCUUUUUUCUUUCCCUCUUCUUGCUUCUCUUCUUUCUGUCUAUUUUCAUGUGUUGUUUUCUUUCUAAAUUAUCUUCAUUCAUUUCUUCUUUCUUCCUAUUUUCUCCCUUUCUCCUUCUCAAUCUUUUCACGUUCCUACUUCCUUUCUUUUCCCUGUCAUCUUUUUCCUUCCCUUCGCUACUCUCAUCCCUUAUUCUCCAUUUCCUCUUUCCUACUUUCCUUCGUUCGUUCGUUCGUUCGUUCGUUCCUUCCUUCCUUCCUUCCUUCCUUCCUUUUCCCUUCGUUCGUUCCUUCCAUUCUUCCUUCUUUUCUUCAUUCCUUCCUUCCUUUUCUACCCGUCUUUUCUUCCUUUUCACUUCCUUCCUUCCGUCAAUCCUUCCUUCUCUUUCCUUCCUUCCUUCUUUCUCUACUACUUCCUUCUUUCUUCCUUUCUUUCCUUCUUUUCUUCGUUCCUUCUUUUCUUCGUUCGUUCGUUCGUUUGUUCCUUCCUUCUUUCCUUCCUUCCUUUUUUCAUUCCUUUUCUUCUUUUCUUCCUUCGUUCGUUCCUUCGUUUGUUCCUUUGUUCUUUCUUUCUUUCUUUCUUUCUUUCUUUCUUUCUUUCCCUACUUCCUUCUUUCCUCCUUCUUUCCUUCUUGCCUUUUUUCUUUCUUCCUUCCUUCCUUCGUUCCUUUGUUCUUUCUUUCUUUCUUUCUUUCUUUCUUUCUUUCUUUCCUUCCUCCCUUCCUUCGUUCCCUACUUCCUUCUUUCCUCCUUCUUUCCUUCUUACCUUUUUCCUUUCUUUCUUCCUUCGUUCGUUCCUUUGUUCUUUCUUUCUUUCUUUCUUUCUUUCUUUCUUUCUUUCCUUUCUCCCUUACUUCGUUCCCUACUUCCUUCUUUCCUCCUUCUUUCCUUCUUACCUUUUUCCUUUCUUUCCUUCCUUGGUUCGUUCGUUCGUUCCUUCUUUUCUUCGUUCUUUCCUUCCUUUCCUUCCUUCCUCUCGCUCUCUCAUUCCCUUCCUUCCCUAAUAUUAACGUUUGA